GCUGGUUGGACUGAGCAUAGCAAUGGUGAUCCCCGGUUGGUUGUAAUAAACGUCAAUCAAAACAUUAGGUCACCACUAUGCGGCGUAUUUCAGCAGCCGCCCAUACAUGUCAUAGUUGUACCAUUCGUGAACUCGUUUCAGCAGUCUCUUGGCUAUUGGUCAAUGAAACUGCCAAUCAUAACUCCCUACUUCCUCCUUACGUGCUGGAAUAACAAGUAGAGUGGUUUUCUCAAGGUAACGAGAGCGGUGAUGUUUUGGAGUCAAGCCGGGGACCGACGGGCGUUUGACAGGAAUUUAACCUAUUAAAUGUCAUCAUUUAAUUUACCCAUGUUCCCGUUGAACAGAAUACACUUGGACGUUUUUGUAUGAAUAGACCUCGUUAUCAGUCAGGACCAUAUGUUGAGAAGACCGAGAGGAGGAAAAAAACGACCGUUUCGGAGGCUGUCUGGACCUGGACCCGGAGGACUAAGCGCCUUGCUAUUAGUGACGUUACCUCACAGCUGCGGUGCCAAGAGGGAUAUACACUCCCAACGUGACAAACCAAGGAAUAGGGCACAGAACCGGGGAUAAUCUGGCCGAGCCCAACCGUGACACUCCAGGCGUCGAGAAGGAGAUCGUUUAGUUGGCCUGGUGCCAAAAUAAAACCUGCCAACAGCGACGUGAAAGACGGAGUGAAACACUACACGAGCCUCCAUCGCCUUCCAGUAAAAUCGGCGAGGGGCUCCAUUCUGUCACCGCGGCAGGGAGGUUUAGGACUAAUAGGUUGACAUAAAAUAACGCUUUCAGGAUGAACCACUUAUCCCUCAGCGAGCUAUGUUGCCUGUUCUGCUGUCCACCGUGCCCCAGCAAGAUUGCCUCCAAAUUGGCCUUCCUGCCUCCAGAGCCCACCUACAGCCUCAUGUCCGACGACAGUGGCAGCCGGUGGACGCUGCACCUCUCAGAGCGCGCCGACUGGCAGUACUCGUCCCGCGAGAAGGACGCCAUCGAGUGCUUCAUGACCCGCACGACGAGAGGGAACCGCAUUGCCUGCAUGUUCGUCCGCUGCUCGCCCAGCGCUCGAUACACCCUGUUGUUCUCCCACGGAAACGCAGUGGACCUGGGCCAGAUGAGCAGCUUCUACAUUGGCCUGGGCUCACGGAUCAACUGCAACGUCUUCUCCUACGACUACUCGGGGUACGGGGCGAGUUCGGGGAAACCCUCUGAGAAGAACCUGUACGCAGACGUCGACGCUGCCUGGCAGGCUCUCCGGUCCCGGUACGGCAUCCGUCCAGAGAACGUGAUCGUGUACGGCCAGAGCAUCGGCACCGUGCCCUCUGUGGACCUGGCGUCUCGCUACGAGAGCGCCGCGGUCAUCCUCCACUCCCCGCUGACCUCCGGCAUGAGGGUGGCCUUCCCUGACACCAAGAAGACCUAUUGCUUCGACGCCUUUCCCAACAUCGACAAGAUCUCGAAGGUAACAUCUCCAGUGCUGGUGAUCCACGGCACGGAGGACGAGGUCAUCGACUUCUCCCACGGCCUGGCGCUGUACGAGCGCUGCCAGCGCCCCGUGGAGCCGCUAUGGGUGGAGGGCGCAGGGCACAACGACGUGGAGCUCUAUGGACAGUACCUGGAGAGACUCAAACAGUUUGUGGCACAUGAGCUGGUCAACUUGUAGAGCAGCCGGGAAAAGGAUGGGGAGGAAUGAAAGAGAAGGAACAGUUCUCCAGAGGGGUUGAUAAUGGAGAAGUCGUCAAACGUUUCCUUUUUUUGUAAAGUGAUGCAGGUAAAAGUGCUGUUUUUGUGUAGUACUAAAGUUUUGGUGGUACCCUCUUCUGAUUAUCUGGCGCCUCUCCCCGGCGGAGCUCCAGUUUGCCUCCCAGCUCCACCUGCUGCAGCUGUGACGCUACAAGCACCCACCUUUUUGUUUUCCCUUUUCAGAUAUUAUUUUUAUGUUUUGCACAUUGAGAAAGUCUGUGAAUGAAAGAAAGUAUACUUGUGUGUGUAUGUGUGACAUUGUCGCUGCCUUUUGAGAGGACGUGGUCCACUGUUCUGAGGCUAUUUUCUUUUUUUAAGUUUUGAAUAACCGCCUUCUACAGACUUGACUGGAUCCAAAGUCGACCCGACUCUUAAGAUCCAUCUCAACUCAAUCUGUCCGGUUCAGACCUGCACUCUGCAGUCACUAUGAAUUUCCUCUUUUUGGAUUAUUGUUUAAUGUAUUUUUUAUGUUUUACUUGGUAUUUUGCACAUAUCAGCUGUCACUGACUAACUGUAAAAGACAAACUGGCAUUAUCUAGCUGGGCCAGUGUUGCCAAAUACUUAGUAUACUAUAUAGCAGAGAGUCAGACAUACACACAACUUAACAACAAUAAAAAUUGCCUCCACAGCUCUAUAAGAUGUAAUCUGUCUCAAAAUGGUACAAUUUCAUGUUCUACAAUAAAGAAGGUGCCAGAUGGGGCUCUGCAGCCAGUUAGAAGGCUCGGGCUUUAUUUCAGUGACCAAUAACUAGUAGAUUACUUUCUUACGCUCUCUUUGGAAAAUGUUGCUGCAGUAAACUCAAAUGCUAGAAGACGAGUCUCACUACACUGGUCGAUGGGCUGUGUGUUGUCAAAACCCUAAAAUGUUAAUGGAUAAUUGAAUAUCUGACCCCCUCUUGAUAACGUACGUAUCAUGACACCUAGUCUGUGCUUUCAUCUAGACUUUAACCACUAAUGCCAAUCCGGACUGAAUGCUAUAAACAAAGCUGGUGUUGAUUAUGUUACAGUGCUUUAAAAUGAAAAUGUGUUACAAGUUAAUGAGAAGCUUUUAAAUCAUUCAAGCUUAAAAAUGGACAAGGGCUUUUAGCAGUGUAAGUGGCUCGCCAAUUAAGCCCUCCGUCAUGAACAGACUGUUUUGUUUUUGUCUUAACUUGACCUUGUGGUCUGCAUGGUAUUUCUGGAUCCAUUGCUGUCGAUAUUUAAAGCUGAGUAAAGCAGCUGCUGACUCCAUAAAGGCAGAUGUCAAAGUGCUACUGCAUGCCAUGAUGUUUUAGUUGUAGUGUUUUUAAUUUUUUUAUAACAAACUCAAUUGCAUAAUACAUUUUGAAGUAAUUUUAUUAUGGGUAUUUUUUAUGCCUGUGUUCACAAAGGAGUCAAGUACUAGUAGAAACCAUGAACCACUAUUUUAAUGGGUGCUACUGUAAACAUUCAUAUGCUAGUCAGAGUGAUCCGGAUCAGAUUGGUGAUGGUUUGUUUUUCUCAUGUAAUAUGAUUAUUUUAAUGGUCAAUUCAAAACACACAAGGUAAUACUUUCUUUUAUUUUGACUACUUUAUACUGGACAAGUAUUUCCACUUUUCUUUCACAAGCCUUUUUCAUUUCUGCUCCUAAUUAUUGCUUCUCUUAAUGUUGAGAUGGACAGCCUCAGACAAAGCUAGGUCAUCAUUUUGGAUCACAACCUCUGUACCGGUCAUUUAAAUAAAUACAUUUCUGAUUAGAUUGGAUUCAUUUUUUAUAUCAUUUUUCUAUACAGAAGGAGCUUGUAUGUAAUUAUAUUAAUAACGUAAUCUAACAUUGAUAGACCAAAUAAAAUAGUGUUUGAGAAACUACCA